CGUCAAGUUUCAGCGACGGAGGGGGCGUUUCUUCCGCAUUCGUUUCUUGUGUUUACACAGUAGUUGUGAACGUGUAUUUUGUCAAGAUGAUUGAUCAGAAAGCACAAAAUAUAAGCUCUAUUCCAAUCGAUGCAUUUAGCAAUAUGCGAAUCACAUCAAUAUGGACAUUUCUGAUGUCUAUACAGUGGUCUGAGCCGUGGCUUAUUGGACUUCUGGGGUUCCAUGCUGUCUGUCUCCUUGCAACUCUCCUGACACGUAGAUUCUACAGAGUGCAAAUAUGCCAGUUCCUGGUUAUGGUAUGCAUGGUGUACAGCGCCGAAUAUCUGAACGAGGUGGCAGCCAUGAACUGGAGGUCAUUUUCCAAGUUCCAGUACUUUGACUCAAAUGGGAUGUUCAUAUCUUUGGUCUACUCCAUUCCCCUUCUGCUCAACACAAUCAUCAUUGUUGCGUUGUGGGUGUACAGGACGUUCUCCACCAUGAUAGAGCUGAAGACCCUGCAACUGAAGAGAAAGGCCCGUAGAGAGCAGAGCAAGAAGACUGACUAAUCACUUUCCUCUGGGACCUCCAUUGAGAUCAGUGGGGUGCUGAUGCUGGGAAUCACCUCAACUGGAUCCAUGUUAACUUGGCUAACAUGGUGCCACAUCAGCAUCACACAGCAAACAUCUGCAUCACAACAUGGUUGGUUCCAGUGCUUCGACUGCCUAAACUUUUUGAUAGGUAGAUCUGUACUGUGUUUGUAUUAACUACAGUAUGAGAAGAGUGGAGGGGGUGAUCACUAUUGUCUUCCAUCUUUUCAAUGGGUAAAUCUCACACCUGCGUUGCUUAUAUACUUGCCCAAGUUGACUUCCCUCUGCAAGUCAACAGACUGGAUGGCUGAAGAAGUAUGGCUGUGGUAAAGUUGCCUUUUUUCAUUAAGUGAAUAUCGUUUGAUGGAAUACAGUGUACAUAUAAAACAUUUAUUAAGGGGACCAAAUAUGUUAUCAAACAUUUAUAACAUUUUUUUCUUCAUAUUAUGUGAUGAGAAGGUAGCCUACUUGUUUUGCACAACAGUGUAAUGCUCAUGGCAAAUAUUGUCGUUAUUUUGCAUGUAGUGAUAAUGGUUAUGGAAAAUAAAAUGUUGUAUUGAGGCAUAAA